UACCAUCCUCACAGUCACAAAACACCAGCAGCGCGUUGCACAUCUUUCCCCAGGUCUCUCUCCUCGUGAUUUACCUGCCCGGAUUGGGUUGCUGAUAAAUUCACGUGCUACUCCGGAAUCUAAGUCAGGGAAUUAAGUUAUUCAACAAUAACUACGGCGACAAGAUAUAUCGACCUUUUCUAUCAUUACAAAUAAAUAGUUUUUGAUGUUGCUGGUUACCUGAAGAGUUAAGAGCUGAUCGCCGUUGGUCCAGCUGGAAGCACGUCCGUCGGUCUGCAGCGCAAACCCUGAAAUCCCCACUAUGGUUCCCCACUGUCUGUACCUGCUGCCCCUCCUUCAAGCUACGCUGCUCACCCCGGUCCCCGCUUCCGCUAAGUUCUAUAUCGGACGCUACAAAACAGUGCCAACGCCCUCUGAGGUCACACACAACGCCGACCACGCGAGGAGUAUGCCAUAUAUUGUAUACCCGGGAGAGGUAGGAAGCGGAGGCUUAACACCCAACAGAAUUAACAAGUUCCGGCGGACACAGGGCCCACCCGUACCCUCGCAACACUACACCCACCGUAUUGGUUCCCCAUUCAACAUAGGACCUCCCACGAAAUUCGGAACCUUCUCCAACAACUAUGGCAAUGACAUGUACAACGGGUACACUCCUGUACACAAAAACAAUGUUAAGUAUGUGAUACCACCUUUUACGCCUGGCGGCCGCGUCAACGUGGCGUUUCAAUUCUGGAUCCCAAUCAGCCUUGGUGGAUUCUUUGUUAGUGGCCGAGACUUAGAAGCCGCCCUCAAAUCACCCAAUCCCACUGCUUAUAUCACCUCCCUUUUCCUGAAACAUGUGUCAACGAAUUCAACCGUUGGCGAUUUAUUCGGAGACAUGGGGAUCCCUAUUGUGGAGCAAAGUGUACAAAAAUUUUUGGAUUGGGUAAUGCCUUACCUCGACCACUUCACGGGUAGCGAUAUCAGCACUAUGAAGACUUUGAAUUUCCCACAUGUCAAGAAGAAUAAACUGCAGUCAAGACGCAAGAGAGAUGCGGAUGAUCCACAGGACGGCUGGGUUACAAUUGGUGGAGAGAACAAGGAAAAGGACACAGUCAAAUCCACUUCGCCAUUGUUGAGUCAGGGAUCGUUCAGGCCUGGCCAGGUGCAGAAUGAUCGGGUGUUAUGGGGCGGCGGACACUUGCUCACAGACAACCACUUACCUCACUACGAUGAUAAAGCUAGGCCAAGUCUUGACUUAGAUUAUCCGAUCGACUCCCACUAUUUACGUCCACGUCCAAUUCCUUCAUCCCAGCCAUCCUCUUCUUCUCGCCCUUCCUCCUCUUCUCGCCCUUCUUCUUCUCGUCCUUCCUCAUCUCAUCUUUCUUCAGACUCUUCAUUUUCUGACUCCUAUCCUCCCUCACUGGACUUCAGACCUCCUUUUCAUCUCACAUCAUUUGAUGACAUCCCUUCGAGCGUGGCAGGAGGUGAGAGAGGUCUUGAGGUGAGCAACCGUCUCUCUCGCCUCGACUAUUUCUUCACUAACCUCCACCUGGACCAUGAAGAAUGUCGUCGGCGAGUCUUAUGUGAAGUGUCUCGGGAGCCCGACACAUUUGCCCCACUUUCUGAUAUGAUAAAUGGAGAGACUAGGCUCCCAGGGGACCCCCAUGAGCUGAGCCGUGAGCUUUUAAACACUGCAGAGGGCGCACGGCUCCUCUCUUACAUUGAUGCUGUGAAAACUGGAGAAGACCGGACACGAGAGUGUGAUGUGUACAGGUACCGGUGCAGGACGAGGGCUAGUGAGGUGAUUAAUACCGAGAUAUUGCCAAUUUGGAGAGAAGUUGUUCGCUGGCUCACAGUCAAGGUUCUCACCCAAGACACUUCUCUCAUCUGAUUCUACAGCAACAUUUCAAUAACUAUAGUCCUAAACUCAACAGUAGUAACACCUCUCGAGUAUCUUCGUAUAGUUGUCAAGUGUUAAGAAAACAAACUGGUAAUAGUGAAAGAUUUGUUCCUUCCAAAUUUUUUGGCCUUUUCAGGAAGUAAGAAAGGAUUUAUCUUAAAAAAAAAAAAAAAAGUUGCUGGUCCAGGUGUGAUACUGUCUUCCACUAUUAUCCAAAAAUCUCCCAAAUAUGUUUACUAAAGAAUAUUAUAUCUCAAUUGAAGAAAUUUUCCAUGUGUUACCCCUUGCUUAAAUUGAGAAUGGGGAUAUGUGAAAAUAUGGAGUCGACUCAGCAAGUGUACCCAGAGUACAUAAAGGCAGAAAAACUCAGACAAAGAUAAAAAUUUUGGAAAAUAUAAAAUUGAAAGAAAUAAUGACAUUCCUUAAAGAGCAUGGUGGGUCUGAUAAUGUGGGUACAGUACCAGAUCACUAAGUGGGCUGUGCUAUGAAUGUGGCCAAACUACUGUUAUUAUGUACAGUAUGAUAUUUUCUCUUUCAUUUGUUGUUAUAUUUAAUGCCUGAUCAUGUUUAGUUACAAUUUUAAUACCAUUAUAUAGUAAAUCAUAUAUAGUGUAUACAAUAUUCAUGACUGGAAAAAUCACAAAAUUAUUAUACUGUACAGUACUACUGUAUUUUAGUAUUCAAAAAUUCUAUAUUUAUAGUUAUUUGCUAUUCUCGUUUUUCUGGAAUGACAUUAUACCUGUACAUUACUAUAACCCUAUGACAAUAUAUUCCAGGUCCCAAUACAGUACCUUAUGUGUAAUAUCUUGUUAUUGUUAUUUUGUUUUAGAAAGAUCACCAAUAUUAUUGAUGCAUUUGUUACUGUUUGUUUUUUUGCUGUAUUGUAUAUAGAGAUGUUCACUUUUUACAUGUAACAACAUUUAUAGGAUGUCCAAAAUUAACUGCAGGAGGACCAUGAGCUAAGCCCAUCCUGGAAUUGCCAUAAAAGUGGAUUUUGGAAGUAUCCAAACAAUAGGCAACAUUUACCGAUAUACUGUACGCUAUUUUGAAAGUAAUGCUGGUACUCUGUUGGUCCUAACACUGUACCUGUAUUGCUUUUAAUAUAUAUAUAUAUAUAUAUAUAUAUAUAUAUAUAUAUAUAUAUAUAUAUAUAUAUAUAUAUAUAUAUAUCCACUCCCCCAGGUAAUGGUUAUAGAUGAAGCUCCUGUUGUGGUUUUUAUGCAUAGAUAAACCAGCACUAGUCACAUAAAUUUAGAACUAAUACUAUAUUCAAAGGUAAUUUUAAAAAUGAUCAUUGAUCUUAAGCAUUUAUUAAUAAUGUUUAUUACUAAAUUAAAAUGCUGUUGAUAUUUGAUCUGUAUGCAUCUUUGAAUAAAUAAAUAAAGCAUUA